AAAAGGCUGGGGCAGAACUCUGACCAAGCCCUGAGGUGGGUGCACAGGUUACAAGGUUGGUGGCCAGCAUCACAGGCUCUCAGUCAGAAUUCCAACCUUCUUCUCAGAUCUGCCAGGCUCCUGUGCUGCACUGAGAGUCCAGAGCUGGCACCACAGAAUCUGGGCAACCCCCUCCACUCACCCAUGCCCACCCCACAUGAGGCUGAGAAACAGCACACAGGGCCAGAAGAGGCAGACAGGCCUCCCUCGAUGUCCAGCCAUGAUGCAGCCCCCUCAGGACCUCCCAGUCGAAAUCCCUGCUGCUUGUGCUGGUGCUGCUGCUGUAGCUGUUCCUGGAACCAAGAACGGCAACGAGCUUGGCAGGUUUCCCGGGAAAGCAAGCUGCAACCCCUCCCCAGCUGUGAAGUCUGCACUCCACCAAGCCCUGAGGAAGUACAGAGCUGGGCACAGUCCUUUGACAAGUUGAUGCAUAGCCCCACGGGCCGCAGUGUAUUCCGGGCAUUCCUGCGCACAGAAUACAGUGAGGAGAACAUGCUCUUCUGGCUGGCUUGUGAGGAGUUGAAAACAGAGGCUGACCGACACGUGGUGGAUGAGAAGGCUCGACUUAUCUAUGAGGACUACGUGUCCAUCCUGUCCCCCAAGGAGGUAAGCCUGGACUCCCGUGUGCGAGAAGGCAUCAAUAGGAAGAUGCAAGAACCAUCGCCACACACAUUCGACGAUGCACAGCUGCAGAUCUACACCCUCAUGCACCGGGACUCCUACCCUCGCUUCCUCACCUCCCCCACCUACCGCUCUCUAUUACUCCAGGGGGCCCCACAGUCCUCUGAGGCCUAGGUCAUUUGUCACACAGAUGUUCUACUCCCAUGGGCAGCCUAGGGGUGGCCCUGCUCCACUUGGCUGAAAUAGACUGCAAUGCCAUGUUCUGCUCUGUCCUAGCCUGCUCCUACUGGGGGUUCUCCUAUAUGGUGCCUCAGACCACCACCCCCCCAGUCGUGUGCCCAGGAGAUGUUCUCAUGGAGAACACCCUGUAUAGCAACAAGUUUGUAGCAGGAGAACGUUAAUUCCUCAGAACCAGAUGUAGAACCUCAGAGUCAGACUCAAAUGAAGAGCCCAUUUAUAUUUUAUAUAUUAACUUUAAAGUUGGAAAUAUGUCCAUACUGUAUGUUUUAUCAAAAGAAAAAAAGAGACCUUUCACAUUUGUGUGUAUUCCUCUACAUGCCAAAAACAUGAUAUAGUAUUCUGUAUAUUUUAAAAACAGAAGCCUCUGUUUAUCCCACAGUUGGAGGAGGAGGAGGUUGGAGAAAAGGACUAUCUAUCCAGACUCUACCUUGUGCGCUGUCCCAUAGCAUUGGCCUUAGUAGGUGACUAUUGUGGGCCCUGUCCAGGGUCUGGCUCUAGAAACUGGCCUCAACUCUACAGUGGGUCAGCACCCAACAAAGGCUUGAGAUGCAACUGGAGACGAUGUAAAACCUAAAACCCUUGUGUACUUGAUGAAAUGCCUUUCCAGAGGCUGGUGGGGACAAAGCGGAUGGUAUGGUCUUUCCAAAGAAGCUAGGCACAGCAUAAUCUUAAUCUUACCGGUCCAAUAAAGCAACACACUCGCUACUU